AUGCCACUAACCUCAAAAGUCAGAUACACUUUUGGAUUCUCAGACUCCCGUCGACAUGAUGCUGCAUUGCCAAAUGGCAGCCGCAUUUCCAACAACCAACCACGCAGUGCUCUAGGCAUGAAUACUUCACGUCCGACUACUUCGCCUGCCGCUGCCGUCGUGAACCGGUCCUCUGAACCUGAUCUUGUUCCUGACCCAGCAGCCCGCCACAACAACAGCAGCAAAUCCGGCAAACCUCGCGGCCGGUCGAUCGAACCGCCCUCUUCGCGCCUGCCCCAUCGCUCCCGAGACUCCCCACGCAGCCGCAGAGAUCGCUCCCGCGAGCCUCGUGGUCGCGACGGCCACUUGUCCCCGGACCGACGCCAUCGAAGUCCUGGCCCGCCAAGAGGCAGAGGGGACGCCGCCCAAGAACGUGGCCAGAACGUCGAUCACGGAAAACAACACUCACAACUCCCUCCACGCCCAGCCCGUGCCUCUCAACGUGGUUCCUCAAGGUCGCCAGGCUCGAGCAAGCGCAGACGUAGUCGAACCCCAUCGCCAGGUGGGCCGGACUCCAAAAAGUCACGACGUGGCCGGAGCCCUCGAAGAGGAGAAAGGGACGACGUAAAUCCCGUGCAACAUCCAAGGGACCGCCGCAGGUCGCCAUUUGACAGGAGGCCAUCUCGCUCCCCAAAUCGCCACGAGCGGCGACGCUCCAGAGACAGGAAACGGUCGGGCCGAUCCAAAUCCCCAGAUCGCUCUCGAAGGCGGAAAUCACGGUCACCGGAUCGUGGUGGGAUCUUUGACCGAUCAUCGGAACGUGUACGCCGAAGGAGUCCAUCUCCACGGCAUCGUGGUCGCUCAGACCGGGCAGAACGUCCUGAACGUCGGCAUCAGUCAAGGUCACGUUCUCGGACCCCCCCUCGUCGCGAAAACAGACACCCCGCUUCCGACGCAGGUUCGCGCAGACAGCCAAGUCCCGACCCGGACUCACGUGAGCCUUACGACCAUCCUCAAGGCUCUCCACGGGAUAGGCGACGUUCCAAAUCCAGCAAAAAGGGCAAAAGCCGUGACGAACAGCGGCCUUCUAGCAAGUUUGAUCCUGCAUCUGGCGUCAAUAGUAUUGAGGUGAAUAUGGCCGCUCGGAACAGCUACCGAGGGGGUUAUGGUGCCCAGAUGCCCCCUGGGUACGCAGAGGCACAUGAUGGCCGAAGCUAUUCACAUUCCUCGGGACACGCAACGCCUAACUCAUCCUUUCAUGGCUCGCCUCCCGCCCAAUCUCCUUACGGUGCCGGCCGAGGCUGGAACAACCAGCAAUUUUCACCACAAAGUCAGUAUGGAUAUCCACAUGGCAAUUACGGCCCCCCUACCGGGCCGCAAACACUCUACAAUCAAGGCCAUUCGCCACCAUAUCCUCCAACCGGCCCAGCGGCCCAAUACCAAACAGUUCCUUACCGUGGUGGGCAUCGGGCUGCACCUGGUGGUUUUCGCGGUGGCUCAUUCGGCGGCCCUCGUGGAGGCCAUCGGGGCAGCUCCAAGGGUCCACAAUGGAGUCCCAACGCUCAUAAUUCCUCUGGUCGAGGCCAGUAUUCAACAACGUCUGAAAACAAUUCCACCCAUGCUCAGAAUAGUGCGCCCUCCAGCAAGCACGCUGAUUCUGGUCCAAACACUCAAGAGGGUGGGAGGGAGGAUGUCAACUCUUCCAGAUCCGCUAAAGACUCUCAAGGCGAUGAUGCCAACAAGUCCAGCAAAGAGAAGGAAGAGCAAAUGCAACCUCCUACCCGCCCAGCCGCUAGCUCGCAAUCCCAGCCCUCGAACAAGUUCAGUUUCAGCAUGAAAACUGCAGUAACAAAGCCAGUAGUAGCGGCUCCACGGCCUGAAAUAUCUCUCAAGUUCAAUGCUGUCAUUCCGCCACGGGAACCCUCUUCGCAAAAGCAACCUCCAAAAGCGCCUGCUGCUGCCCCGCCGACGGCACCAUCUGCCCACAGAUCCAAUCGGGACCGUCAUGACCUCCCUAAGAACGUGCCCACGGAACCGGCAUCUGCCAGGGCUCGUCACAAUGAUCGCAGAGCGCAGGACCAACACAGGCCUAUAGACAACCACAGGCCGGUCGAUAGCCACAGGCCGGCGGAACCCCAGAAGCCGAGGACAAGAAUUGUCAAGAAGAUUGUCAAAAAGCUCAAGGAGAAGCCAGCUCUUCCCCCGGACUUGGCCAAGUCAAAGUCAGUAUACCACAGAAAGCCAGGGAACGAAUCGGUCAUCGGUUCCGGUACGUAUGGAAAGGUCUUCAAAGCCCUCAACGUGUAUACGAAAAAACAAGUCGCCCUCAAGAGGAUACGAAUGGAAGGGGAAAGGGAUGGCUUCCCUGUGACAGCGGUGCGAGAGAUCAAGCUGCUCCGGUCUCUGAGCCACAAGAACAUCGUCAAGCUCAUGGAAGUGAUGGUUGAGAUGAACGAGUGUUUCAUGGUAUUCGAGUACUUGUCACACGAUCUUACAGGUCUCAUUAACCAUCCCGACUACACUCUGGACCCAGCCCAGAAGAAGCACUUGGCUUUGCAGUUGUUCGAGGGUUUGGACUAUCUUCACACUAGGGGCGUCCUGCAUCGAGAUAUCAAAGCAGCCAAUAUCCUGGUCAGCAACGAGGGGGUUCUCAAACUUGCUGACUUUGGCUUGGCUCGGUUCUACGCCAAACAUCACCAACUCGACUAUACCAACCGUGUUAUCACCAUUUGGUACAGAUCACCGGAGCUACUCCUUGGAGAGACACAAUACGGCCCAGCCGUGGAUAUCUGGAGCGCUGCUUGCGUGAUGAUGGAAAUAUUUACGAAGCGUGCCAUCUUCCCUGGUGACGGUAGCGAGAUCAACCAGCUGGACAAGAUCCAUUCCGUUCUGGGCACACCGACCAGAAACGACUGGCCAAACAUUAUUGAAAUGCCUUGGUUCGAACUGCUACGGCCAACUCAGCGACGAGCGAACGUCUUUGCGGAAAAGUAUAAGGAGCUGGUGACACCGGCCGCGUUCGAGCUGCUCCUCUGGAUGUUCAAAUACGACCCAGAUAAGCGGCCCAGCGCUGCCGAAGUAUUGGCGCAUCCUUACUUCACCACUGAGGAACCAGCGCCACGGCAAGCAAUCGAACUCAAGGACAUUGAUGGUGAAUGGCACGAAUUCGAGUCCAAGGCUCUUCGGAAAGAGAACGAGAGGAAGGAGAGGGAAGCGCGGCGGGCCGUCAAAGAAGGGGCACCAGCAACAACCGCUGCACCAAGUGGAGUUAGUGGCGGUAGCUCUUCAACUCGAGAAAAGGAUCGUGAUCCUCGAAAGCGCCCUGCCGAAGGUCGAGAAGCGCCACCAUCAGAGCGCGAUUCCAAACGUCCACACCUGGACCCAGCCGCCGCUACCAAACCACCAACAACAACUUCAUCGUCAGCGCCACAGCAGCAGCGAGGGCCCGAACGAUCCUCAGUACCCACCAGACCCAGGGGGGAACAACAACACCAACAACAACAGGAACAGCAACAACGUCGGCCACCACAAGCAUCAUCUUCAUCACAAUUACCACCGCCAACGGCACCGGCGCAGCCACGGCCGCAAGCGCCCGCAAAUGCCCCAACCGGGCCGUCAGCAAGUCAAAGUCAUAACUAG